AUGGACAGUAACUGUGAGGAGGACACUAGUUGCCUGACAAGGGGAAGUGCCCUGGGUAGUUUUUGCGUCUACUCUGCACGGCUUCGAUUCAAUCCCCUUGACCAUGAGUUGGAGCGGCAGACGGUGCGGUUGCUGCGGGAGUUGCUAGCUGGCCCUCUGCACCACGUAGCUGCUUGGGACGCCUUUAGACGAACGCGGCUUCUCAAUGUUGUACUGGAGGCGUUGGGGUCGCGGUCGCGACUAAGUUCUCUCGCGUCUGAGGGAAGCAGUCUUGCGGAUUAUGUGCGCGUGGUGGAGCUUGCCGCAGAGGCCAAUCCUCACGCGUGUAUGCGGCAGUUGACUCUGGACGGAACUUCUGACGCUGGGCUGUUUGCCAUUUUUCCGCUGCUGGUGCGAAUUCCUUUGCUCGAUGGCGGCUUGACGCGGCAUCGCCGUUGCAUAAAUUCGUACGUGAGAACCAUCGUGCUGCUCUUGUCGGACGCAAGAAAUUGCGCUCUACUGGCUCGCAUUAAGCUAUCCCCGAUGCAGUUGCUGCUUGAUGCGCUUGCCCAAAGCCCAUCCAACCGACACGAGGUUGCUCUGCUGGCGCUUCGAGGUAUACUUCAGAUCCUCUUAGGCACGGCUGAGCUGACCAAACGGUGGGUGGAGGAUUUUGCUCUUUAUGGCGGACCUGCGAUGUGUCUCUCGACGAUCACGCGCUGGUGCGGCAUGGACGAGGACCCAAACUCCCCCCUCUGUGAACCGAGCACCUUUCUGUUUGAUAUUCUCUGUCUGCUUAUUUCGUUGCCUGAUAGUGGCCGGUCGCCCUGCCACUCGCUUUACCUGUAUCUCAGAUCCUUUCAUUGGGAGAUGGACGAAGCGGAGCCGGACCCCUCCGUUUAUAGAUCUACCGUUGGCAUGUUUGGACUUCGUGUCAUGGUGCGGGCUGCGCUUCUGGCCAAGAGGCACCGGCCCGUGCUCUUUCGCCACCUUGUCUCGCUCCUCAUCUGCACAAUUCGCCUGGGCAACGCUGACAUCGUGGCUGCCGGGCUUGUCAGCGAGGAGCUGGUGGAUGUGGUGAGGCAGUACAUGCAAUGCUUAUCCGAGCCUGAGGAGGCGGAGGUGGGAGGCGUGAUAGCGACCGUAGUGCGGCUGUGUCUCACGGUAUGUGCCUCUCCGGCGGCUUAUGCCAAACAAAAAGGUGGAGCUCCACAACUUUGCGCCCUGGUGGUGGAGCUUGCUUCGAUUUCCACGACAAUAAUUUUACGUUGUACGAUUCAAACCCUUAUCCUAUUGGGUGGUCUCGUGAAUGAAAUCUUCUUCUUCACCCAGCUUGUCGCCGCAAAGCUGUUUGAGGAGCUGAACAAACGAGUUCAGAAUACAUCUAGCCCGUGUGAAAUUCACCUGGUGAUAAGGUUGGUAAAGGAGAUUUGUACAAGGGUGCCUGCCCUGCAAGGCGCCUUUUUACGAAUGGCUGGCACCAUCGUUGACUUAAUGCGCACUGAGGUACGGAAUGGACCGAGGCUUCUUCUGGAGUGUGCGGAUCUGUUGUCGUUGGUGAUGCUGGAGUCGGAAGAGGGUGCUUUGCAGAUUCGAACAUUACUGCUACAGCUGCUUGCGCAGACAAAUUUUCAGUCCAGUGGAUCUAUCAUAACCAGUUGUUGGGCGUUGCAGACGUGUAUCAGGUCAGUGCAGCGAAGUUCAAUUGACCGUGUCUACCCUGCGACGGAGGUGAACUGUGUGUUAGUUUGCCUUCAUCGCCUUUGUGUGAGUAUGGGCGCUAGUUUUUCUUCAGAGUUGAUGACGUUUGAUUUUUGUGUCUUGUACGAUGAAAUGAUGGCCUAUCACCGUCACCGGCGGGAUGCGUGCGGAGUAGAUCGGUCGCCGCGGCGGUAUCUGCUUAUGUGCGACUUUCUAUUACUUGCGCUGCAUCUCCUAAGUCUCCUGCAUGUAAAUGCCCCAGCAGAGUCAAGACGGGGACUUUCUCGUCAGCUUGGAGCAAUUACUGCAGCAGGCCCCUUUCUUCAGUGCCGAUUGUACACCUCUAUAAUUGCUCGGGCCUUUUUGGGCAUGUGCUCCCUGAGUUCGCUUGUCCUGUUGGGUGAACUCCAGGCCGCGAAGGAGGCGCCCUCGGAUGUCGUGCCGGUGACCCGCCAGAGUUUAACGGCUGGCUGGGUGCUUUAUUCUUCAUACGGCGACGACUGUUUUGCGUGUGGCCGACAGCGCAUUGUGCAUCCCGAGUACCUGCAAAGUUUCUUUGCGGUGCUUCAGCGACAGUCGCAGACGGCGGCGCGGGCGUUGCUCGGGGUGUCAGCAACCCAACUUCUUCUUGACGUUUUUUGCAACAGUCUGGAGAACAUCUACGCUCUGGUGGAGCGAGGCGUGGCAACACUCCUGUCGGAGGUCUGGGCGGUGGCAGUUGCCGCGGAUGAGGGGUACAAGGAAAGCUGUAUUCAACACCUUGCCACCGUGACGGCGCAGGUUGGUGUGUGUGGCUUUAGCCAUACUGCGAUGCUCUUUUUGCUGCAAAUGUGUUUGCGCCAACGCACCGCGGAUUCCGUGGAGUACGCAAACAAGGCCACCGCAACCGUGUUCACGACGUGGCGGGUCAUGCUGCGGCAGUCCAUGCCAAGUUCUCAGCCCAUGUCUUUUGUAGGAAUAUCUGUUGGCUUUCCAGCCGUAACAAGGUUCCAGCCGACUGCGGUGCAGCGACUCAAGCGGGGUUUGGGACUCCACGGUGGCAUCGACAUCCCGAUGCCACUGACCGUCCCAAAGCCUGAAGGGUGUAUCUCGGCCGUACUUUGGCUCCUCGUGGAGCAAACUGCCUCUCCGCCUGUAGGAACAGCUGAGUUCGUUUUGUUGUCCUUCUUCUUGGAUCAAAACAAAAUUGCCGUGCUGUUGCUUCUCUCCAAAGGGGGUGAAUUGAGCCUAAGAUUGUUGCUGCCGGGCUAUCGGGAGCAGCGUUCAAGUACUGUGCCUGUCCCCGGCAUCGCGGUGCCAAGAGAGAGGUGGUGCAUGGUGUCCAUGUCCAUUGUUGCAGGGCAUCGGGCAUCCACUGCAAUUCGCGCAAAACUACGUCUGGAGGUCCGGAUUUCUUUGCAUGCUGUGGCUCAAUGUGGGGGUUCAUCUUCAACGGAGGUUGGGGUCGGGGUUGAGAUGUCACUUGGCGUACUGGGUAGGGUGAAUCCUUGGCCCUGGGAAGUGAAUGCCGUCUCCUUGGCUGCGGCUUACGCACCGCCUGCUGUUUGCCCGCAGCAAUUGCUCCUUGGCUCACUAGGCAUGUUUGCGGGCCCCCUCUCCAAAUUGGAAUUGGUAUCCCUCUUUGCAAUGGGUAGUGACAACCUCUUUUCACUUUCCUUCGUGGACAGGAGCUUUGUCGUUGGCCUGUACCCGACCCUGGCGAACAUGGCAGAGCAGGAGGUAGGGAUGCUUACGGAGGAAAUGGUGCUGCUCGCAGCUAUGUGGCGGCAAGGUGGAACACCGACCACGAAGGACCAGCCUCGCAUUUCCAGCGCUUCCUUUCCGUUUGCUGGCUACUGCAGCAAGGAACACUUGCCUGUCGUUGUUGGCGUGUUUGGUGGUGAGCUCUGUCUGGCGACGCAUAUGGAGCGUCGCGGAGCUGCCGCUGACGUCGCUGAAUGUCAAGAUGCCGAUGUAACGCCGUGGAAUACGGCGGCUGACCGCCUGACAAGGAUUGGCUCCGUGACGCGGGUGCCCCUUAGGCUCUCCACACACGAGGACACGGCCCGCCGCUUCGGAAGCAUGUGGGUGGAAGCCAAUGGUCCACGGUUUCAUUCCGUGACGCCGGUGUAUUCCGCGCUGGACGCCGUUGGCGGACUUCCAUUUUUUGCCUGGCUGGCCUCGUUGCAGGCGCCACAUUCAACGGCGUUUGCAGAGGUCUGGAAGUGCGCAUGCGCCGUCGUGCUCCGACACUCUCCGGAAAGUCUCUUGUGUCCAGCACCGUCGCACGGCGGCCGAUGUCUUGUUAUUUUACUAAGAGCCAUGCUGCACGCGCGUAUCGCGAUAUCGGAGACGAUUGCGGCUUCAUUGUGUGACGCUGUUGGAAAUCGGAUACUUGUGCGGACCGACCUUUUGUCGCUUAUGCUUGACUUCACAUUAUGGUCUCAAGACGUGGGUGCGUUUCGUGUGGUGCUACGCAAAUUGCAACAGUACAUGAUGGAUCCUCAGUAUGGCCAGUUUAACAGUCAAAUUCUUCAGUACGGCGGCAAUUCCGAGCGUGGCGUGGGAGAUUGUUACGCCUUGGAGAAGUUUCUCCUGCAUCUGCUCAUGCAUUUUGCGGGGCAAACAAACGGCAGUUGGGAUACGUCUAUCAUCGCGUACGCAAUGCCCUUUGUGAGCACGUUGUGUCGGACAGCGUCCCACCUGCGACAAGUUAUGCAGGCCGUUAUUUGCCUGGUGGUGGCUGAGGAGCCGCCUCCCCGGCUUUCGGUGGAGUGGGCGCUGGGACUGCUGGGUGCCGUCCACAGUGUCAUGGAGGUGGGUGAGACUGCGGGUUUGCCGGAUGCAGACCUCGCCACUGGCGUCGUGGCUCUCCUGAAGUGCUCGGAGGCGCGGGUGCGGUGCCGUGCCAUCCCCCUCUUCUCCUACCUGCUGCUCUCGAGAGCGCAGGUUGCUGCCGCGGUGGAUGUGUACUUGGCUCGCCGGGCGUUGUUCCCAAAUUCCCCUUGCCUCUCCAAGCAGGAGCUUGACACCAUUGCGGCCGUGGUGCGGCGCAGCGCACGACUAGGCGAGGCAGUUCGGGCCCGAGCGCUCAUUUUUUUUCUGUUCGCACUUUUUCUGCAAAUGCCAGUCGUCUUUCAGGUGGAGGUUAUGCAACUCCUGCGUGACGUCAUGGAAACGAAAGAGUUGUCCUCACACGACCUUCUCUACGGUGCUGGGACCGGGGAGUAUCUGAUGGAGCCGCUGCCGAGCCACUUGAUCGGCACCUUCCACACCCUGGCAAUGGAAGGGUCCACGGUGGCGGGGGACUUCGUUGAGCUCCUCACAGCCACCGCUGUGCAAAUGAUUAAACACGCAUGGGGCGCGGCAGAUACUAUUUGUGGACAGCUGCUGGGUGACGCACUGUGGGCCAUUUUCCAGACCCUUCUACGCGAAGACGACUACGAGCGGGUGUGUGUGACGGACGUGGAUGUCAAUAGGGCGGGUAUGUGGUUGACGCGUUUUAGUGCGCCGUGCUUCCACAUGUUCGCCGCCCUCGCGAAAAAUGGCUGCCCGGCCUCGUUCCUGAAUGAUUAUUUUUCUUUUCUUCGCAUCCAGGUGGCUAUUGUGCUGCUCCUGAGCCGGUAUGAGAGCGAUGGUCAGGGGUGCGGCGCGGCUACCAUAGCAGAUGCCAAGGAAAUAGACCAAACGACACUGGUGCAUACCUACUCGCUUCGCCUCGGCAAGACACUUGUGCUGAAGACGCAUCAGAUUGGAUUGCGCCUCACCCUGCUUCUGCUGGAGGCUGCCCAAACGUUGUUCUUUGGGCUACAGGCGGGUGAUAUGAAGUGGUUGACGCGAAAGCGCGCGGGGAAGAUUAGUGAAGAGUUACUGCUCCUACAGUGGAGGGUGAUCGCCACUGCGCUAUACGACGCUGAGAAAACCGAUGAUGAUGUGGUGAAGGAGCUGCUGCUUUUACACCUUGCCCACAGUGGGCUUGCGGAGUACGAUGUCCAUCACUUCCCAUGGGGAAGGCGUAAGCCACUGGCAGAACCGCCGGAUGCGGCCGACUGGAGGCAUUUGUGGCUGUCACCCAACACAGUAUUAAUGGAACUGAUAAAAAAGGCGCCUGGAGAGGCUUUGAAGGAGUGCGCGCCCUGGCUCAUUGUUUUGCGGGCUGCAUUUAGCUUUCUCCAUGCCCCGCUGCGGAGUAAUUUGGGUCGGUUUUACAUGUCGCUCUCGAUCUGUCGUCUUAUACGCUACAACGCCACUAUCUGGUCUCUUGUUAGGCGAGGCGUUUCCCCGUCGUCCACGGCGGAGCUGGAGGCGACCCUAACAACCGAGGAACAGGACUUGCUUGCCGAGGAUGCGGCGACGUUGGGGGACUCCCUGUGGGGGAUUGAGCUGUCACGUAGCGGGGUGGCUGCCAUGGAGAAGUACGUCACGGCCACCCGCUCCACCGCAGUCGUCGCUUUGAAGCACCGCAGCCGACAGCGCAGAUUUUUGUUGCCGUCUAUGGAUUCCCAACAGACGCCGCAGUUCCACGACCAGGCCGCUGCGGAGAUGCAUCAAGUUCAGGCCUCCAUUUGGCAGGAGGCGGAGCUGUACAGGAAGUCUGUGGAGGAGGAUGGUAGUGCGAUUCUAGCUGCCCAUGCCGCCUACCGUUUUUCUCUACUGCCGUGGUGGGGGCAUUGUGUCAGCCUCUACUCGCACACCCCGGUACCGCUGAACCGCUGGGAGCUGGAUCGCUUUCUGGGCCCUGAGUGGCAGCGCAUGCGUCUUCGUCGCUUCAUUCACGAUGUGCGCAUCUCGAGGACGGAGGGCGCAGAUCAACUUAUUCGCCCUGUCUACCGCGAUGGCAUGGCUUCCAUGGAUGAUGUCAGGCUCUUGGAAUGCUACUCCGCGACUGCCGUUCCACAGCUGCUACCCAUGGACGCUCUUGGGCCGGAUCCCCUGGCUGUCAAGUGCAAGCUGGUGCUUCCAAUGCAUCGUGUCCCUAUCAUGCUCUACGUCGCGUCGAAGCAUGUAUCGUACGUUGUGGAAUGUUUUGAGAGUGAUUUAGCGCAGUUGGGAAAAGCGGCCACGAAUCCGUCGUUUCCUCCAGAUGCGUCUGGUCCAUCCACCUUUGUGAGGACGCACGAAUUCGCAACGCCACUGCCCGCAAGCUUCAAGUACAGACAUGAAGUGCCUUGCUUUCGUCGCGUUGUGAGCGUCGCCUCCAUACGUGCUGUAUGGCCGCGUCGAAACUUACUGCAGCCCUGCGCGUUGGAGCUGCUUCUCUCCACUGGAGAAACCGUGUUUCUGGCGUUUGACUCGGAGGCGGUGAGAAAGUCCGUGCUUGAGCAUAUCACCGAAUGCGCCCGUCCGCACCUUGACAGGACGCUGACGCUGACGGAAAGCAACCUAAAGCUGUGGCGUAACUGGUGGUGCGAGGGCCGCAUCUCCAACUUCCACUACCUGAUGUACCUGAACUUUGCGGCGGGUCGCUCCUACGGGGACUUGCGGCAGUACCCCGUGUUUCCCCACGUCGUGGCUGACUUUGUCUCCGACACGCUGGAUUUGUCAUCGCCCGCCGUCUAUCGCCGGCUCGACAAGCCGAUGGGGGCGCAGACCGCCGACCGCGAGUUGCGGGCCGUGCAACGGUACCGCGAGAUGGCAGCGCUGCCCAAAGGGGAAUGCAGUGCGUCAAUCGACUUGGUCCCCCACCACCACGGCUCGCACUACUCCCCUGUUGGAGGGGCACUUCACUUUUUGGUUCGUGUGCAACCCUUUUCCGACUAUUUCGUGGACAUGAACUCCAGCCUGGACGACGCGGGUCGCGUGUUUGACUCCAUGGCCGCCGCCUACUUCAUCUCCACCGGCAAGGACGUGAAGGAGCUCUUGCCAGAGCUGUACUGUUUGCCGGAGAUGUUCGUGAAUUCAAACCGAAUUCCUUUUGGGGUGAGACAGGACGGAAGAGUCGUGGAUGACGUGCAGCUGCCUCCGUGGGCCUCGACCCCGCGGGAGUUGACACAAAAGCUGCGGCAGGCACUCGAAGGCCGCCACACCUCCGAAAACCUGCACUUCUGGAUUGACCUCGUGUUUGGCUACAAGCAACGCGGCAAGGAGGCGGUGGCGGCGGUGAAUGUGUUUCACCCACUGACCUACGAGGGAUCGAUUGACCUUUCCACCAUUAAGGAUCCGGUUCUUUUGUCCAGUCACGAAACCCAAAUCGACUGCUACGGCCAAGUGCCUUUGCAGCUGUUUACCCAGCAGCACAAGCCGCGCGGGAAAUCAACAGAGCCCCCACUCCUACAAAGCCCUUGCCCGACACUGCGCUACGAGGCCUCCAGCUCGCGGGCCUGCGUUGUGCUUCACCCUGACGGUCUAGUGCCAAUAUUAAACGCUGCCAAGGUGGAGGGAACCGUCGUUGUGUUUCCCCGCACAAAACCUGUCACCGCAGCCCGAGGCGCAGAAGAGGCGAGCGAAUGGAAGCUCCCUCUGACGCAGUCCCGGCCGAUAGCGCUACCAAGGCAUUGUUUGCCGUUCACGGUGGUGCAUGAUCAGCUGAAAGAUUGUCUCUGUAUCCGAGGGAAUUGCAUUGUGAUUUUGGAUGGAAAAGAUUUGUCGCGCGAAGUGUGUUCGCUGCACGUAGGCAACGGAAUGAUCACCGCUUACACGGUUGACCCGCCGAAUGUUUACGUCGGAAUGGCGUCGGGUGCCAUCCAUGCGCUGGGGAUUACCUACGAGGAAUGGACCGAAGUAGAACCAACGCUGCAGGAGGAAUCGGGGGAACGCCAAGGCACGACGCAUGCCUCAGAAAGAGCGCCAUACAAGGAGAUGAGAACGGUGCGAAAUCGAGGGGCCGUUCGACGGCGCGUGUGUGUCUUAUAUGGGCAUACUGCACCCGUGACUGCGCUUUGCGUCUCCGCUGAGUGGGGGAUUUUAGUUUCUACGGCGGAGGAUCAUAGGGCGGCGGUGUGGGACACAACGCGCCUUGUGCUUCUCCGUGCUAUUCCCUCUCCGUGUCUGGCGGCAAAGUAUCCAGAGUCGCUCUUCCCUGGGAAUGCGUGGCAGCAAAGGGCUGGCGCUGACACUCUCUGGCACUAUGACCUCAUUGCCGUCAAUGCAAAGGAAGGGGACAUUGUUUUGGCCGGUCGCUCCCCGACGGGUGCGCAUGCCGUUAGACUUUAUACGCUCAAUGGUUCUCUUGCAGCUGCGUAUGGCCUCGGCGAAGAACCCGCGACCGCCCUUCUCACCGUUGGUGGGCUCGUCUUCGUCGCACAAGGGACGCUUGUGCGGGUUUUGCGAGAGAGGGACCUGCUGUGGCGGAGUAACCUCAGCCAUCCCGGCCUAGAGGACACCAUAACCUCCCUGGCGCUUAGCCCUAACGGCACGAUUUUGGCCGCGUGCGACCGGAGGUCAACCCUCGUCACGUGGAAAGUAAGCCUCUGA